UAAACGUCUCCUAACUCCUAAGAGAAUAAGCAAAUGAACAAUGUCGGAAUAUAAGGGCUAGGAGGCCUCUAAGCCGCCGGAUACAUAGGACAUAAAAAGACUGUGUGAGUGUGUAACGUCAAUCUUGCGGCAUCUUUCUCAACUCGGAAGAAAAUGGAAGGAACAAAAGCGGCGGAGGAAGAGGAGGAGCAGGUAGUGAAUCCAUGGGAAGUGUCGGCUAAAGACGGAGGGAAGAUCGACUACGACAAGCUGAUCGACAAGUUUGGAUGCCAGAGGCUGGACCAAACCCUAAUUGACCGUGUUCAACGCCUCACUUCUCGCCCUCCUCACGUCUUUCUCCGCCGCGGUGUCUUCUUCGCUCACCGGGAUUUGAAUGAAGUUUUGGAUGCCUAUGAGAGAGGAGACAAGUUUUACUUGUACACAGGCAGAGGACCUUCUUCUGAGGCUUUGCAUUUGGGGCAUUUGGUUCCUUUCAUGUUCACCAAGUACUUGCAAGAUGCCUUUAAGGUUCCUCUUGUUAUACAACUUACUGAUGAUGAGAAGUGCAUGUGGAAAAAUCUCUCUGUGGAGGAAAGCCAAAGACUUGCUCGUGAGAAUGCUAAAGACAUUAUAGCAUGUGGUUUUGACAUUUCUAGAACCUUCAUUUUCUCAGAUUUUGAUUAUGUUGGAGGUGCCUUCUACAAGAACAUGGUGAGGGUUGGAAAGUGUGUCACAUACAAUAAGGUCGUUGGUAUUUUUGGUUUCACAGGGGAAGAUCAUAUUGGGAAAGUGAGUUUCCCGCCUGUGCAGGCAGUUCCAUCCUUUCCGAGUUCAUUUCCACACCUCUUCUCUGGAAAAGAUGAUCUUCGUUGCUUGAUUCCGUGUGCUAUUGAUCAGGAUCCUUAUUUCAGAAUGACACGGGAUGUUGCUCCUCGGUUAGGAUAUCACAAGCCCGCAUUGAUUGAAUCAUUAUUCUUCCCUGCCCUUCAGGGGGAGACAGGAAAAAUGUCUGCUAGUGAUCCCAAUUCUGCAAUAUACGUGACUGAUUCUGGGAAGGACAUUAAGAACAAGAUAAACAAGUAUGCAUUUUCUGGUGGACAAGAUUCCAUAGAGAACCACAGAAAAUAUGGAGCAAAUCUUGAGGUAGACAUACCAAUUAAAUAUCUUGGUUUUUUCCUAGAGGAUGAUGCUGAGCUUGAGUACAUAAGGACGGAAUAUGGUGCGGGACGUAUGCUAACAGGUGAGGUGAAGAAACGCCUUAUCGAAGUUUUGACUGAAUUGGUGGAAAGACAUCGGAGGGCUCGGGCUGCGGUGACUGAUGAGAUGGUGGAUGCUUUCAUGGCAGUGAGACCACUUCCCAAUAUGUUCAACUAGAAAUAGUGAUUUGAACAACUUUCGAUUUGUGGGGAUGAUUGAUUCAUAAAGAAUAUUUGAUGUCGGUCUAUUUAUAAUUUUAAGAUUAUCUCAGUUAUAUACUUAUAUCUUUUUAUUCCCCACGGUUUUAUUCACUUUAAACCCAAAGCAAUCUGGAAAGUGUAAAAUCUUUGUCUGCAAUUUUGGAUCAAGUACUAAUUUAUAGCAGCAUUUUGGAUCAUAUUCAAGAUCCGAACUUCAUGGA